UGCCACGUUGAAAUUCUAGCUUUGGUUUCCCAAUUUUUCAUCGAAUUCCCACUUCACUUUUUAGCCUUUCAAAGCCUCUGCAUGUACCAAAUAACGUAGCUCACCGCAAGUUUCUUCUUGAUCCCCUUCCUCCUCUUCAACAAAAAUUAAACACCGACCAUCUCCAUCUCAGCCUAAAGUUUUCAUAGUUCCCUCGGAAAUGAUGUCGAUCGAUCCUCGCCGAUUCCUAUCGUCGGUGGCCGUUUUCGUCGUGAUCACCACCGUGGCAUAUCCCACCAGCGGAUUGGAGUCAAGGAACCUUGAUGAGAGCACUAUACCAGCAGGUGAUCAAGGCGUCAAGUGUACCCCAUCAUGCAUACAAAGUCCUCCUCCACCACCACCACCGUCGCCACCGCCAGCAUGCCCUCCACCACCUGCACUACCGCCCCCUACACCGAAAAAGCCGCCGACCCAAUAUUGUCCACCACCACCUUUGCCCCCUAGUCCACCAUCCUACAUAUACAUAACCGGUCCACCAGGGAGUUUGUACCCAGUUGACCAGAAUUUCGGCGGUGCAGACCGGAAUGUUGCGGUGUGGUUAUUGGCUCUGGUUUCAGGAUUGUUUCUCCUCCUCGCGCUUUGAAAUUCGGUAGGUCCUAGGAUCCUGUGCAAGAACUUGGACACAUCAAGUACAAUUUUCUUUUUCUGUUUCUUCGUAAAAUUUCAAUUUUAGGACAAGAAAAUAACUUUGUCCAAAUAGAAAGUUUUAGGACCUACUUGUUGUAUCGAGAUACUUGUUCAAUAAUAAAUGUUUAGGAACUUUACCUA